AUGGGUCUUGGCUUGGAUUUGAAACUUCCUUGGGAUCUACCUACAGACUUUCAGUUUUUCCAAGAUGUGACAACUAAGACAUCCGAUCCCCAGAAGAGGAAUGCAACUAUAAUGGGAAGAAAAACAUGGGAAUCAACUCCUCCUGAGAUCUGUCCCCUUCCUGGUCGGCUCAACGUUGUUCUCACAAAAGCUAACUCUCUCAACAUUUCCAACGAUGACAAUGUGUUGGUGUGUAGUAGCAUGGAAUCGGCUCUUGAAAUUUUAGCCGCUGAGCCCUAUUCCAUGUCCAUUGAGAGGGUCUUUGUCCUAGGAGGCGGCGACUUGUUAAGGGACUAUAUGAAUGCACCAAGCUGUGAUGCUAUACACCUAACUGAGAUUGAUAUAAGCGUGCCGUGCGACUCAUUUGCACCGAGGGUGGAUACUUGUUUAUACCGUCCAUGGUACUCGUCAAGUCCAACUAUGGAAAAUGGAACUCGGUAUAGCUUCAACACUUACGUAAGAAGAAAAGAUCCUGUUGUUGGUGGUGUUGGGACAGAGGAGUACUGGUUCUUGCCUAAGAUGGUUUUCGAGAGGCAUGAGGAGUUUGGUUACUUGAAUCUUAUUCAAAACGUUAUAUCUAACGGGGACAUGAGUGACAAUGGAACUACUCUUUCUAAAUUUGGCUCUCAGAUGCGGUUCAAUUUGCGCAAGACUUUCCCGCUUCUCUCAACCAAGAAAGUAUUCUGGUUAGGCGUUGUAGAGGAAAUCCUACAACUCAUCAGAUGUUCAACCAAUCUCAAGAAAAAGGGUAUGUGGGAUAACGAUGGCGCUAGCGAAUAUCUUGACAGCCAAGAAUUCAGUCAGGUGGCUGAUAUGAUAAACAAAAUAAAGGACAGCACUAAUGAUCGAAAGAUCAUGCUUUCGGCUUGCAAUCCCUUAGAUCUCAAGUUAUCUAUACCUCCUUGUCAGACUCUCGCACAGUUCUAUGUGGCGAAUGGUGAACUUUCUUGUCAAAUCUACCAAAGCUCAAUCGAAGCGAGUCUCGGGGUUCCUUUUAGUAUCGCUGCAUACUCUCUCUUGACAUGCAUCAUAGCUCAUGUUUGCGAUCUUGUUGCUGGUGAUUUCAUCCAUGUGAUCGGGGAAGCCUAUGUUAAUACAGCUGACGUCAAGACUAUACAAAAACAGCUCCAAAUCUCCCCUAAACCCUUCCCGAUUUUGAAAAUCAACCCCGAGAAAACAAAGAUUGAAAGCUUUGAGGACUCUGAUUUGGAACUCUUGCUUCACAAAGAGAGAUGA